UGGUAAUUUAAAUACAAACAGAGUGAUUGAUCCUUAGACCAUCAUUGUUUAUUCCGUCCAUAUCGACCAAAGAUGGGGGUAGUUUGCACUGGUUUGCUUCUUUUUGUCUGUAUGGCAGGAUCCUCUGCACUGAAUAUUACUAUGAACCAGAAUAUCCUAGGUCUUCUAGGUCCGUCAAGUGUACAGUUGAACUGUUCUUUUGAUACAGAUGCUGGGGAUGUGUUGUUCCUUAUUAAUUUUAAAGCGUUCAUUCGAGGAGCCUUUAGAAACAUCGCGUCUUUCUCACCACCAAAUUUCGGAGCACCAGCACUAAUAUUAACCGAUGGGUUUUACUUGAUUGGUAGGGUUACCCUGACAAAUCCAACAUCUGCAUCGACCACCGCAAUAAUGACCUUUGACGAGGUUGCUUGUGAAGAUGAAACUGAUUACCAAUGUGAAAUCAACUAUCAAGAUGGUGCUACAGGCGACGCUCCGUCACCUUUACCGUUUGCCUCCACAAACCUUACUGUUAGGGCUGCUGCAGAAAAACCAAUAGAUUCCCCUUUGAUUACCGGGGUCAAUGGUAGCAUUAUUGAGGGUCAAAAUGUGACCUUCACCUGUUCAGGAAAUGUUGGAAAUCCUCCAGGAACAUUUAUUUGGGAGAAGUAUCGUAUGAUUGGUUUCUUUCCAAAAACAUACGAGGACAAACCGACCACAAUAACACCUGGACUGGUAAACUGUACAAACAACGGGACCAGCAGCGUUACCAUAGCAAUGGAAAGUGAAGAUGAUAGGUCUUUAGUUCGCUGUGUAAUCAAACAGGAGUUUGGAGAUGUUUUUCAACAAACAUCUAUCCUCAGUGUUCUCUACAGUGCACGUGAACCUAUAAUAACAACAAGUCCAGAUCAACCAUCUUACAUUGAGGGAUCAGAUCCUAUUACGCUAACAUGUUGGGGUGCUGGGAAUCCGAUUCCAACAUAUACCUGGUACAGAGAGGCCAACACUACGAUUCUUUCAACUACGUCAUCAUAUGUUAUCAAUGAUGUCACUGUCGAAAAUGGUGGCACCUACAUUUGUGAAAUUGAAAACAUGGUUGACGGACGACUGUUUAACGAUUCGUCUGCUUUCAAUAUUUUAAUAGGUCCCAAUGUCACCUCAUCAAGUCCAGCUUCAUCAUCAUCACCAACAGGACAACCUUCCUCAACAGUUGUUGUGGUCGGGGACGAUUCGGUUGAUGACAACCUUCCUGCUAUUAUUGGGGGUUCUGUGGCUGCAUUUGUAGCUGUAAUCAUAACAAUUUUCAUUUGUAAAUAUACACUAAAGAAAAAUGGAAAGUAUGACGGACAGUCACAAGGACAGAUCAAUCAUUUUGAGACUAAUCUAUCCUCUGGUAGCUCUCCUCCCACUUCUACACACCACAUUGAUUUGUAUAGUAGUCUUCAAAUGAAACAGAGUAGUAAGUUGUAAGCCCCUAUGACUUUAAAUACAAUCCUUGGAAAGAAGUAUAAUGCGAAAAAAAAUCAAAUUCAUUGUUGAGUUUUAGUAAUAAGCUGAUAUUAUAUUUUAUAUAUAAAAAAAAUA